UUCCCAUUCUCUCAAAACCCUUGAUUCCUCAAUUAGUUAUGACCGCCAUGAAUCACCAUUCGACCAUCCAUUCAUGGGUCAAGUAUCUCCGAUUCGAUUGAGCUCCCUGACCGCUAGGACCAACGCUCUUCCGUGCUAUUUAUCUGUUCACUCUAUCGUGUAUUUUUCGAAGGUCAAGCCGUUUGGAGCCUUGAGCAUUGUGUUGUCAUCGCUACCUUACUCUGACCAUUUGUCAGAUGAAUCAAGUGUAUUUCUUUGGAGGAGGUGUGAAACAAAUGCAAGAGUCAGAAGAAAUGUCAAGUUAACUCUUAAUCAAGGAUCUCGGUCUUCUGUCGCUGACCGAUAUGCUAUGCGCAAGGAUGUUGAAAAACCAAAUAUGAUAGAUUUCUUCAAGGCAACUCAUUAUUCAAAUGCAACAUCUGAGGCACAAGCAAAAUAUAGAAAAUGGUGGAGUUGCAAUAAACUCCAGUUGAAGAACGAGCAAAGCCCAAGAAUAUUGAUGGUAUAGUGGAUGAUGUACUUGGUACGAGUUCAGGAUACAUUCCGAGGCUUGGAUAUGGGCCAAAGCCUAAGAAAACAAAUUCAAGUGUAGAAACAAUCUAGUUAAAAAAGCAUUUGAAGAAUAGAGAAGAUGAAUUUAAUGAUUGUAAGUCGAAUUUUGAAUUGAUUCAAACUCAGAUGGAAGCUAUGACUGCUUUGUUAGCU